UCUCUCCAUAGUAUUCUACACUCAUGUGCCUUCAUGAAAUAUUUCAUUAUGCUUGUGGAAGAAAUAUUCAAAUGAAUGUGCUUUUUCAGGGAUGGUGACACCAGAAUGUUUUAAAUCUGUUCAUUACCACAACAAGGAUAAAUGGCAUUUCUGCCAAAGACGUUUGAUAACGGGUGCCGUAAUGCACGUCAGCACUUUCUGAAAUUAAAGGUUCUACCCUGAGAGAGUUCAUUUCAAUUCUCUGCAAAGGACUGAACAAUGAACUACAAAAAUCUCAGGAUACAGAAAGACUACUAGAAUUUACACAAACAUUUCUACUGAAUGAGUUUCCCCCACCUUCUUGGUGACUGUACACCUGCCUUCCUUAUAAGGAGAACAAGGAAGUUAAAUCAUGUUGAAGUUGCUUUUCAACACAGCUUUUCUUCUUUACCUGUCCAGCGAGAACUGAAACGAAUGGGGAUUGAACUGUUCUGCCUGUUCCUUCUAUUGCUAAGAAGGAAUGAUCACGUACAAGGUGGCUGUGCCUUGGGAGGUGCAGAAACCUGUGAAGACUGCUUACUCAUUGGACCUCAGUGUGCCUGGUGUUUUCAGGAGAAUUUUACCCAUCCAUCUGGAGUUGGUGAAAGGUGUGAUACCCCAGCAAAUCUUUUAGCUAAAGGAUGUCUAUUAAACUUCAUAGAGAACCCUGUCUCCCAAGUAGAAAUACUUAAAAACAAGCCUCUCAGUGUGGGCAGACAGAAAAAUAGUUCUGACAUUGUUCAGAUUGCGCCUCAAAGCUUGAUUCUUAAGUUGAGACCAGGGGGUAAGCAGACGCUGCAAGUGCACGUCCGGCAGACUGAGGACUACCCAGUGGAUUUGUAUUACCUCAUGGACCUCUCCGCCUCCAUGGACGACGACCUCCACACCAUCAAAGAGCUGGGCUCCCUGCUUUCCAAGGAGAUGUCUAAAUUAACUAGCAACUUUAGACUGGGUUUCGGAUCCUUUGUGGAAAAACCCAUAUCCCCUUUUAUGAAAACAACACAAGAAGAAAUCGCUAACCCUUGCAGUAGUAUUCCAUAUUCCUGCUUGCCUACAUUUGGAUUCAAGCACAUUUUGCCCUUGACGAAUGAUGCUGAAAGAUUCAAUGAAAUUGUGAAGAAUCAGAAAAUUUCUGCUAAUAUAGACACACCCGAAGGUGGAUUUGAUGCAAUUAUGCAAGCUGCUGUGUGCAAGGAAAAAAUCGGCUGGCGGAACGAUUCCCUUCACCUCCUGGUCUUUGUGAGUGAUGCCGAUUCUCAUUUUGGAAUGGACAGCAAGCUGGCAGGCAUUGUCAUUCCUAACGAUGGGCUCUGUCACUUGGACAGCAAGAAUGAAUACUCCAUGUCAACAGUUCUGGAAUAUCCGACAAUUGGACAACUCAUUGAUAAACUGGUGCAAAACAACGUGUUAUUGAUCUUUGCAGUAACGCAAGAGCAAGUUCAUUUGUAUGAGAACUAUGCAAAACUUAUUCCUGGAGCUACAGUAGGGCUGCUUCGGGAGGACUCUGGGAACAUUCUCCAGCUCAUCACCUCAGCUUAUGAAGAACUGCGCUCUGAAGUGGAAUUAGAAGUCUUAGGAGACACAGAAGGACUCAACCUGUCAUUCACAGCCAUCUGUGCCAAUGGUGUCCUCUUCCCACACCAAAAGAAAUGCUCUCACAUGAAGGUGGGAGACACAGCUUCAUUCAACGUGACUGUGAAUAUCCCAAAGUGUGACAGAAGCAGGCAGAUUAUCAUAAAGCCUGUGGGGCUGGGGGACGCCCUGGAAAUACUUAUCAGUCCAGAAUGUAACUGCAACUGUCAGAAAGAAGUAGAGGUGAACAGCUCGAAAUGCCACAACGGGAACGGCUCCUUCCAAUGCGGGGUGUGUGCCUGCAACCCUGGCCACAUGGGACCUCGCUGCGAGUGUGGCGAGGACACGCUGAGCACAGAUUCCUGCAAGGAGACCCCAAACCUGCCCUCCUGCAGUGGAAGGGGUGACUGCUACUGUGGGCAGUGCAUCUGCCACUUGUCUCCCUAUGGAAACGUUUAUGGGCCUCACUGUCAGUGUGACAACUUCUCCUGCGUGAGACACAAAGGGCUGCUCUGUGGAGACAACGGGGACUGUGACUGCGGCGAAUGCGUGUGCAGGAGCGGCUGGACCGGGGAGUAUUGCAACUGCACGAGCAGCACAGACUCCUGCAUCUCUGAAGACGGGGUGCUCUGCAGUGGGCGAGGGGACUGCGUUUGUGGCAAGUGUGUGUGCACAAACCCUGGAGCCUCGGGACCAACCUGUGAACGAUGUCCCACCUGUGGUGACCCCUGUAACUCUAAACGGAGCUGCAUUGAAUGCUACCUGUCUGCAGAUGGCCAGCCUGGAGAAGAAUGUCUGGACAAGUGCAAACUAGCUGGUGCGAUCAUCAGUGAAGAAGAAGAUUUCUCAAAGGAUAGUUCUGUUUCCUGCUCCCUCCCAGGAGAAAAUGGAUGUCUUAUCACAUUCCUAAUAACUACAGAUAAUGAGGGGAGACCCAUCAUUCACAGCAUCAAGGAAAAAGAUUGUCCAAAACCUCCAAACAUUCCCAUGAUCAUGUUGGGAGUUUCGCUGGCUAGUCUUCUCAUUGGGGUGGUCCUCCUGUGCAUCUGGAAGCUGCUGGUGUCAUUUCAUGAUCGUAAGGAAGUUGCCAAAUUUGAAGCAGAACGAUCAAAGGCCAAGUGGCAAACGGGAACCAAUCCACUGUACAGAGGCUCCACUAGUACUUUUAAAAAUGUUACCUAUAAACACAGGGAAAAACAAAAGGUGGACCUCUCCACGGAUGGAUAGAACUGCGGCAUGGAAAAAUAUGUUUCACUGAUAUGAAAUGUUAAUGCACUAUUUAAUUUUUCUUUCUUUGUUGCUUCCAAAUGAGGUUGGUUUAAGAUCAUAAUAGGUCAUUUGAAAAUCAGUCACCCUCUAUACGAAGGUGAGAGACUAUGUUGACAGUUCAAAAUAAUCAAGAAGAGGAAUAGCCUUAGCCAAGAAGUGACUUUGGGAAUCGAAUGAGGAACACUAACUCUGUUGCAUUAAUGCCUCAAAAAAAAAUCAUCAAAAUGAUUCAUGGGGGCCUGAUUUCCAUUUGAAAAAUGUUUGAAAUUAGAAUCUCAUUUGCUUCGGGAACACAGCCACCUGAAGUCUUUGUCUCAGCAAAGUCACAAAGCCCAUAUGUUCACACGGUAUAUCCACACUCGUCAAUUAUUUCUAAACUUGUAGUAAGUCUGCCAUUUCAUGAAGGAAGAUUUCCUUAAAAUCUAUGAGAAGUGAGAUUUCUGAUUUUACUUCAACUGAGAGGAUGCAGUUUUUCCAAAGAUACCCAAAUGUAAGAAUGAAAAUUAAUUGUUAAUUUCUGUACAUUUGUAUACACCUAAAAGUCAAGCACCCCAAGAAGUACUUUUAUUUGUUUUAUGGAUGAGGGAGGAAUAAUUUAUAAAUUAAUAAGUCACCUGUAAAAAAAACAAAGAUAACAACCCUAUCAUUUAAUUUAACUUAUUUUUAAAUUCCCUAAACAAUAAUCUUCGACACUCAGUUUCUUUCUUGACCCUGAGUUGUCCAACUACUACUUCUCCCAUAUUUCACAGUCUUUAAACCCCCCUAACUGUGACAUAGAAGUUUUCAAGUCUAUUUUUAAAGUUUACCCUAAGUGGUCCCAUAAUUUAUUCAAAGGAAUCUCCACUACUAUUAAGAGAACCUGGAUUAAACAGAAAAGGUUAAAUGUCUUUAAGUCACACACAUCAAGAGUACACAAGUCCCUCAUGGAUUAUAGGCCUUAGAAUUGAUAAUCUUUCCCAUCUGCAUAGCCCAACUUGCACCUUCCAGCUGCAUGCAUGGAUAUGCAUCACAGAUUUACUUUAAGAAUUAUGUACAAUUAGGGAUCUGUCUGUUGAUUGGAGAAGUGGACUGCAUAGAAUAUUAUUUCUUACGGUUAUGACUCCUUUACGAAGCACUUUUACCUCAUUUGACCCUCAUGAGGAAAUUAACGUUCAAAGAGUCAGUAGAACUGGGUUCAGAAUCUAGAUCUUCCAACUCCAAGCCAUUUCCCCUUUUCACUGCACAAGAAUGCCUCUUUUGUCAGUGAAAUAAUAAAAGAUUGUGUUAGUUAACCAGUAACUAUCAUUUGUUUGAAAAUGUACUGAGACUAAACAAGUAACAUUUAUAUUACUGGAAUAUAUUACAGUUUAGUCAAAGGUAAUAAACAUUGCACGGAAGGACAGAUGCAGUAUUGUUCUUCCAGACAAUGUUUCUUACCUUCGAUAAAAUCGUA